CCAUGUACCUUUACCUCCUCAUCCUCCUCCAACUCCUUUCCUCUGCUGGAGCCUCUGAGAGUGGUAUUGUGGGUGGUAAGAUAGCUAAGCCCCACUCUAGGCCCUAUAUGGUCUCUCUGCAACACAGAGGAUACCGUGUUUGUGGAGGAAUGCUCAUCCGAGAGGACUUUGUCCUGACUUCAGCACACUGCUUGGAAGGUGCUUAUCCUUUAACGGUGGUCCUUGGAGCUCACGACCUAACCGAAGAAGAGAAGAAGAGUCGGCAAGAGAUACAGGUGGUACAUCACCAUCGCCACCCCUUGCACAGACAAUAUAGCCAGCACACUUAUGACAUCAUGCUACUCCAGGGAGAUUCAGGGGGACCUCUUAUUUGUAACAACAAGGCACAGGGUAUCGUUGCUUUUAAUUAUCCUAAGAGAUGUGAUAAUUCCCAAUAUCCUCAUGUGUACAUGAAAAUCCCUUUCUUUAUGCCCUGGAUUAAAGAGGUGUUGCACGGAUAUGGUGACAACAUGUCUUUAAACAAGCAGGAAUAAAUAACUAGAA